AUGGAUCUGACUCUUGGCUUUGCAGCACCAGGUGCCAGACCUGGGAAUACAUGGGGGAUGCAGAGUAAGAGUCAGCUCCUUGCAGUACCUAAAUUCUACACUGCUAAAUUCUCUAAGACACACAGGCAGAUUAAUUAUUCACUCCAAUUCCUUGUGGAUAAUCCCACUCCCACACCAUAUUGUGAUCUUGCCAUUAUCAACAAUCCUGGUACUUCUAAGAAAGGAAAUAAUUCCUUAAUAAAAACAUUACUGAUUUGCUAAGAUAAAAAUUCCACAUGGCAGAGAGACAUGGAAGACAGGUUUAUUGUGCUGGACAACCAUGAAAGUAGGUCAGAUACAUGCUUUCUGGAGAUUCUUGAUGGCUGUCAUGGUGUGACAGCUACGGAAACAAUUGUAGCAAAGCUUCCACUUCUAUUUCUUGAACAGUUUUCUCACAUAGAUUCCUCCUACAAAAACAACAAAAAGCAAAUUCUAGAAUUUUUUUUUUUUUUGGCCACAGUAAUCAAGGCAGAUUACAGGGAAAAAGAAAAAAAACCAGGCAAUGAGGAGACCAGUAAGACCAGCCUUGCCAUGAAAGUAUACCAUGAAAGUAUACGCCAAGUUCUUUUAAGAAUGCAGAUUUUUACAGCUGGAAGCAAUGAGGUUUCCAAAGUUCACUGCAGUGGCUGUUCAGUGGUAAAAGUAACUCCUAGUGAAGAGAUGGAUGGCACUGGGGAAGGAGAAAGAAAAGAACACACAAAAACACUUCAGAAUGGUGGAAACAUCAGCACUAAUAAACGAUCAGUAGAGGGAUACCUGAGAACUAUAAGGGCUGUUCAACAUCACAGAGCUCCAGUAAAAAGAACAUCUGUUAUACCUGUACCUCAUAUUGCCUCUGUCCCUAUCAAUGUUACUUGCCAGUUUCUUAUUUUGGCUUCUAAUGGGCUUUGAGGCAUUUUGGAUUACCUGAAUGCAGGUGAUGUUGGUCAAGAACUGCUAGAGACUGUAUCACCACUGGGUUCUAAACCACCAUCACAGUUUGAAAAAUACAGAAAAAUGUACCUGAUCAAUUGCAAAUCACAAGCUGAAGAAAACAGCUCAGAGACGCUGCAAUGCAACAAGUCACCUUGUGAACAACUGGCAAAGAGUGCAUUAGCUGCAGGUUCAAGAGACAAUAUUACAAUUUUGAUCAUACUUCUAAAUGGAUGUGAUAAGAUACCCAAUUACCUCAACAUUUAAAAACUUAUCAUAGGAUGACUGGAGUGUCACAGUAUAUAUAGGACAAGCUUAUAUUUAGCCAUGAAUUUAUUGUAAGCAUCUUAAAUGCUGACCCAUACAGUGAAUCAGACAUCUUGUCUGGAACUGUACACAUGCGAUAAAACCUUCUGAAACUCUCAAUAAGAAGCAGUAAUCCAAAUUUUUUUAAACCACUUUAUUCAAACCUGAGCACCUCAAUAUAAAACUAAACACUGGUGAACUGUCGUUUUUCUUGCUAAACCCAGAUUACUGCAAAUUUAAAAUCUGCACAAGUAAGUUUCUAUCAGUUCAACAUUUAAAUAGACUAAUUCAUCUCUUCUGACACACUUUGUAGAUUUCAUAUAAUGAAAAUAACUAAAAGAAUUAGUGCAAUAUACUGGACUGAUCAAAAUAAAAUGUACUUUGGAAAACAAAGUUGCGAAGUUCAUUACUGACAGACAGCAGUACUUAUGUUACAGAUACAGGAGCAUCAUUUAUUACUGUUCUAGCCAUAAAGGAAGAACUCAGAACCCCCUUUGAUUAGAGAGGAAAAAAGUUAGCUUUAAGUAACUGUACAUUCUGUAUACUUUUAAGCAACUCUUAAAUAUUACAGAAAGUAUUAAACAAAUGUAGACUACAAUGCAGAGUACCUAUUUACAGUACAUUAAUAUCCAAAUUUAAAAUUAAGUUGGAUGUACAUAAUCAUUAGUGCACUAUUUUUUUUUCCUUAGGGGAAAAACAAACUGCAAUGGCCAGCAAUGAUCAGAAACAAGAAAGAAGUCACAGACACCGAGUUUGUUGUGGUUUUACUUGAAGAGCUCUUACAGUUUGUAGAGGACAAAAAACCCCAUAUCCUAAGUUGUAGAGUUGAAUUUACUGGUCUGUACCCUCUGGACAGAUUAGAAAUUAAGUUAGACUUGAUUCAUCACUAAUUCAUUAAGAUAACUAACUGGGUUGAUAUAAUUUACAUACAGUGUACCAACUAAAACUCCACUUUCUGGCAAGCAUAGGAUUCUUAAAAUUGUUAAUGCAAGUAUUAUUUGUAAUAAAAUUAUUAACCUAUGGAAUGUAUAACUAAACAGUGGAUACCUGCAGAAACAACUGGUUGCAUCAAUACUGCAAAUAAGUUUAAGCAAUUUUUAGACCGUGUUUCUAAGGAAGUUUUAAA